AUGGCAGUCUCCAACCCUCUCAAUGUCUUCAAGGGCCCUGAUGCUCUACGCCAGUUCUUCGAUCCUGAUGAACAACCUCCGGUUCCCUUGGUUGAGCUGCCCGACAGUUUGAACCCAUUUCGAAAGGACAAUGUGCGCAUCUACGCCAAGCUGCUCACAUUUCUUCCCGCUCAGAAUGUCAAGGCACUUCCAGCUGUCAACAUGCUCCUCCACGAUCCCUCGGCUGCCAACAAGUCCGUCGUCGAGGUUAGCUCCGGGUCGACCGUCACCUCGCUCGCCAUUGCCAAUCGAGUCCUCUACAACAACGAUGAUACAACCGCAUAUGUCUCAAAUAAGGCUGCGAUAGACCGCGUUCGAGAACUGCAGUUCUUCGGACUCAAGGUCAUGCUCUACGGUGGCCCAACUUACACCGACACCACCGACAUCAGGGGGCCGGUUGAGUGGGCCAGAAAUCUGGGCAAGAGCUCGGACAAGGUGGUCAACCUCGGCCAAUAUGACAGUGUGUGGAACUGGAAGUCCCAUGAGCGGUGGACAGGUCCUCAGAUUCUCAAGCAGCUGCCAGAGAUCGACAUCUUCUGCAUGGGCAUGGGUAGCACGGGGUGUGUCACCGGCACUGGCAUGUACCUCAAGUCCCAGAAGCCUAGGGUCAAAGUUUUGGGCGUCUGCAAUGUCGAGGCCGACAUUGUACCAGGCCCUCGGGAGCGUCCCAUGCACGAGACAAGCCCGUUCCCCUGGAAGGAGGUCGUGGACGAGACUGAGAUUGUAAGCUCCAGAGAGUCGUACAGACUGUCGAUGCAUCUUUCCCGGGAGGGUAUCAUUUCUGGUCCUUCAAGUGGUAUGAACCUUGGCGGUCUGCUGCAGUUCAUCCAAGCAGCCAAGGACAAGGGAACUUUGAGCAACUACGCUGACCCUACUACGGGCGAAGUCUCUUGCGUCUUUGUUUGCUGUGAUCUACCACAGAAGCACAUGGACACGUAUUUCCAGAAGCUGCCUGAUAGCGAGUUCAAGGAGAUUGGCAACCGGGAACUGUUUGAUGUCGAUCAACACGUAUAUAGCUUCAGAUGGGAAGCUGACCCCGAGGCCAUCCACCCAACUGACCCAGAAGUCAUGGCUCGUCUUGCUAAGCUGACAGUUGCCAAGGGCGCAGUCAAUGGCGUCAACGGGCCCAAUGGCACUAGCCUCUCUUCUUCCUCAGCCAUUCGCUGCAUUGACCUGCGUUCCCCAGAAGACUUUGAAGAGUGCCAUGUACAGGGCGCUUUCACCUCCCCACUGGAAGGCUUGACGCCCAAGAGCACAUCAGCCUUUGAGUUUGGGGAACCUCAGAUCCUCAUUGACCAGUCAAAGAAGCUCAAGGCCAAGAUUGAGGACGCAGGUGUCUCAAAGUGGUUAUCAGCUGCAACAAAUCCCCUACUGGUUCUGGACUACGAUGGUAACACAUCAAGGGUUAUGGCUGCGGCUUUGAGGGCGCGAGGCUUUGAAGCUUACUCCUUCAAGGAUGGCAUGUCUGGCUUGGCCAAGUGGCUCAGCAGUAAGCAGUCCGCAUGA